GAGCCGCAAACAACCCAGAUAUCAAAUAUCCAAGCACCAAAGAUUCCAGAGGGAGAAAAGGUAGAUUUUGAUGACAUCCAAAAAAAGCGCCAGGAGAAGGAUUUAGCAGAACUACAGUCUCUUAUAGAGGCUCAUUUCCUCCAGAGACAGAAAGAUGAAGAGGAACUCUUUGCUCUGGUCAACAGAAUCAAGAGGCGAGCCGAGAGAGCCGAGCAGCAGCGAGUGAGAGCAGACAGAGAGAAAGAGCGUCAGGCCAGACUCGCUGAAGAACAGAGAAAGAAGCAGGAUGAAGAUGCCAAGAAGAAGAAAGCUCUCACAAAUAUGACCCAUCAGUACGGCGGCAUUCAGCAAAAGGGUGAAGGACGCAAAGGUGCCAAGAAACAGACCGAAAGGGAGAAAAAGAAGAAAAUCCUGGCUGAUCGCCGAAAACCACUGAGCGUUGAUCAUCUGAAUGAUGACAAACUUAGAUCAAUCAACUGCUUGCCCGCGUCCAGGAUCACCAGAGGUAUCAAUCAUAAGCUUGAAAUCUCACCAACCACUUUAAGUGUUCAGAUUUAAGGCCAAAAACUAUUUUUAAACUCUUGCUUUUCUCUCUCUUAGUGCCAAGGGACGCGGUAAAGGCAAGAUGGGAGGAAGGCUGAGAUAGAAGU